AAAUGGACUUACAGAGUGAGCCCAGGAAGUCGCCGAGGUAUUUGGGCUUGGGAUCCGGCUACGCUUUGGUCCAGAGCUUUGCCGCAUUUGUAGGCGGCUGCUGCCAUGACUGCCCAAGGGAGCUUGGUGGCUAACCGAGGCCGGCGCUUCAAGUGGGCGAUUGAGCUGAGCGGACCUGGAGGAGGCAGCAGGGGCCGAAGUGACCGGGGCGGUGGCCAGGGAGACUCGCUGUACCCAGUUGGUUACUUGGACAAGCAAGUGCCUGAUACCAGCGUUCAAGAGACAGACCGGAUCCUAGUGGAGAAGCGCUGCUGGGACAUUGCCUUGGGUCCCCUGAAACAGAUUCCUAUGAACCUCUUCAUCAUGUACAUGGCAGGCAAUACCAUCUCCAUCUUCCCUACUAUGAUGGUGUGCAUGAUGGCUUGGCGACCCAUUCAGGCACUUAUGGCCAUUUCAGCCACGUUCAAGAUGCUAGAAAGUUCAAGCCAGAAGUUUCUUCAGGGUUUGGUGUAUCUCAUUGGGAACCUUAUGGGUUUGGCAUUGGCUGUUUAUAAGUGCCAGUCAAUGGGACUGUUGCCUACACAUGCAUCAGAUUGGUUAGCCUUCAUUGAACCCCCUGAGAGGAUGGAGUUCAGUGGAGGAGGACUGCUUUUGUGAACUUAAGAAACACCUGGUACCUAUAUAUCUGGAUUCUUUAUGCCCAGUGGCUCCUUCUCAGCUUAUUAACCCUUAACAUCAUCUCCUGCUGAAAAGAACCAAAAGCUCUUUUCUCCAUGGUGAAAGACUUUUUCACUACAAACACACAAAAACUAUACCACAACUCUUGACUGAAAAUAAGGUAGAAAACUUUAUUUAUGUUUCCAGUAUAGAGCAAAACAACAAAUAAAACCAUGACUAUGUAAACAAAAGAAUGGUUGCUGUUAAAUCAAGAACCAUAGCAGCAUCUCCUUUUAAUAAAUUAAAUGGCUGAGAACAAUACUAAAAAAAAAGUUGCACAA